CAGCCCUUUACAUCUGGGUCUUUCUCUCCUCUAUGUGUUCUCUCACUUCCUUACAGGAACCCCGACUCCCAGCUGCAUCUGCCCUGCUCUGCUGCACUAUGGGCAGCCUCAGGACCAAACACUGGCCCCUAGUCCUGGUUCACAUGCUUCUGCUGCAGCUUCAGUCUGUAAAGGUUCAGGGAGUUGAUCCUGUGUCUCACAAACUACGACGACUCAACGAACAGUUCCAUCAGUUCCAGGCUUUGACCCAGGCUCGUUUGGACUUGUUGGUUCUGAACCAGAACAGGAACUCCUCGCAGGGGCUGGAGAGUCGCAUUAAGGCCCUGAAUGAACAUUACCACCACGUGUCACAGGACCUGGAACAUCUGAAACACGGCACUGCACAGGAGGUAGAAAGUCUCAGAGAGUGGAGUACGAAGCUCAAGAAGAAGAAUAAGCAGAUAGAGAGUCGACUGGCUUUCAUGGAGAGAAGCUUGAGGGACAACUGUUAUCAGAAACUGAAGCCUGAUCCUGGUCAAGACUUCUCCAACCUCACCCUGGAGCUCCAAAGCCAAGAGGAGAGACUUGGUGCCCUUCAAGUCCAGCGUGAUGAGCUACUCAUUGGACUAAAAGGGUUGCAGGAAUCCCUGAAAAACCAGGAGCUGCGAGUGGCUCGACUGGAAGGUCGACUCAGUGAGGUCCUUGUCCAGUGGAAUGGAAGAGGAAAGGUCAGAGGGUCGGGGAGGGCGGGACUUCCUGUCAGUUCCUAUGUCACGCCUCAGGAAUACUACGAACCACGCAGGAGAAGUCAGACACAAAUCAGAGGAGGGAGGCCUGAAAGGACUCUGGAUGGACAACCCAGACUAGCAGGUACCGACCAGAUUGAUGUUCACUCACAGACCAAGCAGCAUCAACAACACACAACAAACCAGCCUAAACAUUCAAAAGACCAUAAGCCAAGAAUUCAGACACAAGUCCAGUAUCCAGAUCCUAAACCUCAUUCUGACCCGUUCCAUCCCCAGUCACAGAUCCAGACUCGGACUCAGACUCGGGCCUAUCCAGUGAAGCAGCCUCAGCACAACACUGUGCCUUAUAAUCAAGCCCAGGUCCAGCAACCAUCUCAGCCUCAUUCAUACCAUCAGAAACAACCCGAUCCACAAGUCCACAAACGACCCUCUUGGACCCAGCAGCUCUCCCAGAUUCCUCUCCACCCUGAACCCAACAAAGACCUACAGAACAGAACCAGACUAGAGGAUCCAACGCCAAUUGCAGGCCAGUUGGAUGAAAGACAGGAGGACAACAGCAACACAAAGAAAGAGACUACAGUGAUCCACAACCUUCUGCAAAUUCCUGUGAGACACAAGAUCCCAGCACAGCCGAUCCCCAAGAAGGAUGCAACCAUCUGUAAUGUGGACUCGGUGCUCUUGUUCCCGUCGGCCUCUGCAGAGAACUACGUCACCUUUUCAGUAAGUCUCCCAGACCUUCCUGAACUUUCUUUCUGCCUGUGGCUCCAUGUGGAAGCUGCACAUGUCGGCACAGUCUUCUCCUACGCCACUGAUGACAAUGACAACCAGUUAGUUCUGUAUGGACGCAGCUCCACAGCCUCUUCUACACCUUUCUCUGCUUCUUCUUCCUCACUUGCUUCCUCACCCUCUCUGGACUUUGUCAUCGGAGACCCCGUCUAUCGUCGCCUCCCUGUGCCGACGCUACUGGAUGCUCGCUGGCACCACCUCUGUGUCCUUUGGUCGUCCAUUCAGGGUCGAUUCUGGCACUACAACGACCGCUGCCAGGCCUCCUUGGGCUCUAACUUCAGGAAGGGCUGGGAGAUUCCCGGAGGUGGAUCUGUGGUGCUGGGACAGGAGCAAGACUAUGUUGGUGGAGGGUUUGAUCCAGCAGAAGGUUUUGUUGGGAAAAUGGCAGGGUUCAGGGUGUGGAACCGGGUGCUGAGCCCUGCAGAGGUGGAAGGGGUGGCAGAAGGGAGAGGGGUGCCCAGAGGAGUGGUGCUGGACAUGGAGAAUAUAAAGGAGGUCCAUGGGGAGGUGCAGCAGGUGGCCUGUGAAUGCUUAGAGCUCUGUGUCUGAGGGACUUAUGGAGGAGGAUUCCUGCUUGAGGCCAAAUAUUCUUUCUGUUAGACCUAUUUUUUUAUUUUCCGUGUCCUUGGAUGCAGACACUCUAGUGCAGGGGUGUCAAGCUCAUUUUAGUUCAGGGGCCACAUACAGCCCAAUGUGAUCUCAUGUGGGCCGGACCAGUAAAAUCAGAGCAUAAUAACCUAUAAAUAACAAAAACUCCAAAUUUCUCCCAUUCUUUUAGUGCAAAAAAGUACAUUCUGAAAAUCUUUUUGCAAAACAUUAUGAACAAACUGAAAUGUCUACAGAAAAAUAAGUGCAGUUUCAACACUAUUAUGCCUCAGUUUAUCAUUUACACAUGUGCAUUACAACCUACAGAUCACAGAGUAUCUACAGAGGUACAAAACAUUCAGUCACAGCUAUCUGGAAAUGAACAAUCUGGUAUUUUACUUUAUGAUCAAAACAGCUUGUCCAAAUCUAGAAAUUAUUUAGAAUUUACAUUUAUUUCCACAUCUGUGUAGUAUUCCUGGCCACCACACCGUAAAGUGGGAACUAUCAAGGAAGAAGUUUAAGUUAUCCCCCUGCCUUGUAAAUGUAUUAAAUUUAUACAUAAAAAGUACAUAAAAGUUGUGCCUGUGCAGCGGACAAAUUGAAAAUAGCAGUUACUUUUACUGAAAAAUUGCAGUUUAUGUUAUCUCUGUCUCUGGAUUGGACCCUCUGGUGGGCUGGUUUUGGCCCGCAGGCCAUAUGUUUGACACCCCUGCCCUAGUGCAUUUUUGUUGGACUUAAAGACACAGCAAAGACUUCUUUAUUCACUAAAACAAAACACUAGCAUGGUAUCAGUUUGCGCUCAACAAAGCAGGAGAUUCAGACCUGUGGCCACCCAGAUUUACCCAAAUUAAAAUGACUGCAGCUUCUGAACCACUCCAGCUGUAUGCAUGAAUGAGGCCUCGGCAGAAAGAAGUGUGUCAGAAACCUGGAUGUGAUGCAGCAGCAGAGCAGUGGGUCUUUAAGGUCAGUAAAAAUGGGAGAUCUGGGUCUGCCUAAAGUUAAAAAAAGUAUUUUUCAGUACAGUUUAGCAGCUAUCGAGAAUUUGACAGUGUGUGUUUAAGUUUGUCUUCCACAAACACAUGCUGUUUUUUCUGCGAAAAUUACUUCUUCAAUCCUGUGAUAAGGAAAUGUUUAAGUGGUUUUUUUGAUCCAGAUAAGAAAAGAUUGAUUUUUAUUCACCCUGAAAGGGUGAAAUUGAUGUGCCAGAUGUUGCUAAAAAUGACAACAGUAUAAAUAACAAUUAAAAAAAAAGCAAAAUCUGUAAAAAUGUGUAAAACUUUAGAAAGGUAGAAGAGUAAUAUUGUGCAUGAUAUGUGGAAAGUGAAAGUAGUGGACAGGAGGAGACUGAGGAUGCAGGCGUCCUUCGAGAGUUUAUGGGGUUUAAUGUCCAUUACUGUUCAUAACAUUGUAAGUGUCACAGCCGUGGAUUGUUGUUUGAAACAUGUUGUUUGAUAGACAAGAAGAAUUUUAAAACAACAAUAAGUAUUAAUUGAGUGUUAAAGGAAUAGGAAGGCACCUUGUUUAAUUCAUUUUUGUUCCUUUUCUUGGAUUUUAAGUCUUAAUUGUCUGUAGGUGUGUCUUAUGGACUGUCAGUGAAAACUAAUAUUGCUUUUUUUAAAUGAAUAAAACCUCUGUGAAAGUC